AGCGCGGACAUGGUGGUGAGGGUUGGGUGGCUGCGGACGUCCUCGGUGGCUAGUGGCGAGAUAGGGCGUUCAGAGGAAUAUUAUGGACCUCACGGGGAGGUCGCGAGAGUUUAGGGAUGAUCCAGGUUAAGAGACAAGCCAGUCAGAAGCAAGAAGAAAGCGAGACGAGCACGACGCGAAAGUCGUGGUGAUAGUUGGUGAUGAAGUUCCGCCAAGCCACUUUCUGCGCGUCGCUGAUGUCCGUCGGCUGCGAUCAAUUGUUUCUUCUUGGCUUCAUCUCGUCGUUGCUCUUGUACUCUGCAGUCAAUCCACAGCUCCUGCGCUGCUCAUCGUGGUCCUCAGCGCUCUGCAUAAGAAUCACCCCUAGCACAGCUACCCAGAAUGAUCCGCUGUUUCGGGUCCACUACAACUUGCUUGAGCGCUGCUGUCUUCCCCCCAUCCCCCAAUCCCUCACCAUGGCUGCUCCCUUCACGUCCGACAAGCCCCCCUCCGCGAUCCCCUGCAAGGCAGACGUGACCGUCACCUCCCCCAGCGACUGGAAGUACGUAUCUGAAGGCGGCGCCACAAUCGUCUUUUCCUACGCCGGCCCCUCCAAUCCUCAAUUCGACGGCACCGUCCUCCGCCUGCGCAAAUGCCCCGCGCCCAUGCUGCAUCGCGCGUCCUCUAUCCAGGACGCCGUCAUCCAGGAGGAACCUGCGCCCAUAACCCCGCAGGACCCCACCUCCCCCGCUAUCAUCACCGCGGAAGAGCUCGAGGAGCCAGACGAUCCGAUGAUCGAGUAUCAAGCGCGCUGCAUGGAGCGCUUGAUCCCGAAGGUUCACCUGCCGAGGAUGGAGAGCGUGCGCGUCGAGCGCGGGUGGUUGCAGCGUUUGAGGGAUCUGAAGGACGGCGAGCGCCCGCCUGAGCGCCGGGCGAAGGACCAGAUCGACGUGACGCGCCGCAAGGGCGUGCUCGCUACGGACCUUGUCGGCGGAGACACGAUUGCGGUCGAGAUCAAGCCAAAGUGGGCGUUCUUGCCAUCCCCAAAGCAUCUAUCUGAGGCAACGAGGGGGAUCAAGACGCGGACCUGCCGAUUCUGCAUGCACGCGCAUAUGAAGCGCAUGCAAGGGGAGAAGGUCUCGAAUGGCUACUGCCCCCUCGACUUGUUCUCGGGGAAUAAGGCGCGCGUACGGCAUGCGAUCCUCACCCUGUGGGACGCGUGGGUUGAGAGCAACGCUACCGUCAACAACCUCAAGAUUUUUGUACAUGGGAAGACGAUUCGCCCUAACGAGCAAGACAAAAUCUUCGCACCUGGCGCGCACGGAGACGCCCGCGAGGCAUUUGCCGACGCCAUUCUGCCGCUGCUAACCGAGACGCCGGUCCUUAGGACCCUGUCCAAGCUCCAGCGCACCCUCGACGUACUCGACAUCGAGGGCCUCUCGCGACUUUGGCAGUACACGGAGAUGAUGGCACCCGCGUACCGAACACAGUUCGCGCAAUUCUUCGUCCCGCCCGAAGAUGAAGAAGACUACAGUAUCUCCAUGCCAGGCUCAUACCCGCAUCCCGAACCCUCAACGCCGCUGUCUCCCUCGAGUCCCAUGUCACCUGGAAUGCGUACCCCUUCUAUGCCUUCAGACUUCCGUCGCCGUCCAACAGAUCCGCCAACCUCGCCCUUGGGCGUGAGCUCGCAAUAUCUCCAGGAGCCCGAGCCGACAAUCGACGACUGGAGCUCCUUCCUCGAUACCUACCUCUCCCCCUUCAUCCAGAUCGACCACGCCGCACCGGUCCCGGAAGAUUUGCGGUUCUAUCUCCUCGCCUACCUGCUCUCUGCGACGUUCAAGGACUGCUCAAUCAUCGUGCGCAUGGAUUUGCUGGGCGGGGAGCAGCAGCCCGCGCCGGUCGACCCGUCGCGGGUGACGGUGAUUGACCUGGACCCGAAGAGUAUGAAGCGGCUGAGGAAAUGGGAGAAGCUGGAUCAGGAGAUCGUGGAGGCGUACGCGAAUGUGAAGGACUUUAGGACGUGCGUCGAUGAGGGAAUGUAGAAGGUUUGUCGAGGACUGUAAGUGGUAUACCCUGAUUUGUAUCUAUUCGCGUCGUUUCGUGUAUCCUCAGAAUGCUGCACUCUCUGCACUUCCUUUGCGAGUCCACGGGCUUGAUGAACUGACG